CAAAAAAAUUGAAUUAUACCAAUUAUGAUCCAAAAAACUUCCGAAAUAGGAACACUGGUUUCCAUUCCGAAUUCCAAAAGUUCCGAUUUCCGAUUUUUAGAUCUUAUUUUAACCGAAUUCAAAUGCAUAUUAGAUUCCAACUUUCGGUCCAAUUUUAAUUUUCGAAAAUAUUUCUGAAAAUUCCGACCUCUUUUUCCCUAUAAUAUCAAUAUUAACAUGUAUUAAAAGUGAACCAAACAUUGGAAUUUCUGAAUUUCGCCAUUUCGAUCCAAACACGUACCGAUUCUUCAACACAUUUUUUCCUUCCAAUUUUCGAAAAUUUGAUUUUUCGUGUAUAUUGUCCGUUCUUUUUAGUACAAAGUUUCCACUUCCGAAAAACCACUUUGUUUAGAAAGUGCUAAUUUCGAUUCGACCCUUCUGAUUUCUACUCGUAAAUCGUGUUUUUUUUCUACACUUCAAAAUAUUAUCAAGAGAGAGAAAGAAAAAAAAAGUUAUUCAAAGGCGCCUAACAAAACCCUAGAAACUUUGAGCUGUUAUAUAUAGCUCCACUACUCCUCCUCCUCUUAAUUAAGUUCUUCUACAUCUAAAUAUAUAUAUACAUAUACAUAUAUAUAUAUAUAUAUAUAUAUAUAGAUAUAGAUAUAGAUAUGGAUGAUGAUGAUGGUGAAUAUGAUGAAGGCAGCAGCUUGUUCCCAGGUUACUCAUCAGCUAGAUCCCAGCAAGACAUGUCUGCCAUGGUCUCCGUCCUCUCUCGAGUUCUCGGCUACACCGGAGAUAACCCCCCGCCCCCUCCCCACCCCCCCUCAUCGGAAUAUUCUCAAUACCUACCGCCACCACCAACUGCACCACCGCAAACCCUACCCCAACUCCCACAACAACAAGCAAGUACAAGCCCGAAAAGGAGACACUACAGAGGGGUGCGGCAGAGGCCGUGGGGCAAAUGGGCGGCAGAAAUACGAGACCCGAAGAAGGCGGCUCGUGUAUGGCUAGGCACGUUCGAUUCCGCGGAGGGUGCAGCCCUAGCCUACGACGAAGCCGCCCUUCGAUUCAAAGGCAACAAGGCCAAGCUCAAUUUCCCCGAAAGGGUUCAACCCAAAUCAGAUCCUCAAAAUAUGCCCUCUUUUAAUUCCGAAUACCGUAGGCCUAGUUAUAACGCCUCGACUUCGAACUCUACUCGCCAAGACAAUUAUACCCUCGAUAACGUUGUUCGUCGUCAAAAUACGGAGAUAAUUAUGGGUAGUGGCCAAUAUAAUAGUACUUAUAAUAAUAGUUUGAGCUAUGGAAAUUCGUCGCAAGGGAAUAUUAACUACGGUGGAGGUUCGUCUUUUGUUAGUUCUCAAGGUUUGUCGGAUAAUACGGCUACUACGAUCAUGUCUUCUUCGUUACCGUUUUUUUAUCAGCAGCAACAACAACAACAACAACAAGAACAACAACAACAACAACAACAAGAGUAUGAUCAGAGGUUUCAGUCGGGUAAUUACGGAGGUUCUUCUUCGGGAUCCGGUUCUAUGGAGAAUUUGGGAGAUCAAUUUGAUGGUAACACAAGAAGGUAUUUCUAUUGAGGAAUAUGAUCAAGAUUUGGUAAAACUAUAUAUUUCAUUUAUGCAUGUAUUAAUUAAGGUUUUGUUGUAUUGAAGUUUGUCGAUUUAAUGUAAGGUUUUUUUUUCUUUUUUUAUCGAAGUUUUUUCAAAGACUCGAAACGUACUUCGUCAUCGCGCGUUUGAGUCGAUUUUUAAGGGUUAUGCAUAUAUGAUUAUGUAUUUCAUAAUCCAUAAUUAUGUAUGACAUAUCUAUGAGUUGUUUGUGAUUCAUGGACUACAUUAAUAUAUACAUUGGUUUCUUCAAUUUUACGUAUCUCGUAUGGUUUGCCAGCUAUUAUAUAUACGAGAGUGUAAGUUUAUUCGGUACACCUAUACAACCAAGUGGUUUUUAGGAUCUCCAUUAAUUAAGGCCGCGAUUAUUAAUUAAUAAAUCAAGCUUUAUUGAGGUCACAUUUACUAAUUAGGUGUGUUUAUAUAACCUACAUUCACAUAAUUAAUCAAUCCCAUUUCAUUAAUUAUAUUACUUAGAAAUUAAUUAGUUUUGAUAAGUUGGAGUUCAUUAUUCACUAAUUGCUACAUUAUUUGAGGCUUAUCAAUUAAUCAAAGUUUCACUCUCUUGAGAUGAGCUGCCCUACUAAUACACCUCACAGAGACUA